AUGAUGGUUCCUAGAGCAUUUCUAUUCAGCUCAGCACCGCCGCAGAAACCAUUUCAGUCUCCUGGGAUGAAGCAAUUUAUGCCGUCAGAGGAUUCUGACCUUGAUCUCCCUGCCCCCAAUACCAAUACCCGAGGACCGAUCAACACUGGCCCAGUGGUAAUUCCUCCAAAGCGUGGUUAUUCAUCGCAGACUAUGAUGCCAGCACGUCGAGAAAUGCGUUCACGUACCUUAUCCAAAACAUCCGAAUCCUCUCGUCGGUCCUCUUCCAGUUCAUCCAACGAUCGCCCCAUCCCUACGUCAUUCGCUUCAAUGUUGGACGCCACGGCCAUCCCCGUCCCGCGACGAAACUGGAGCACCCGCAGACCUCGGAAAUUACCUCGUGGAAAUCAUGUAGAGGAUUUUAGACGAAUGCUGCAGGAAGAUAUCAAAUCGAAAGAGGAUAACUUCCUAGAUGGGACUUCUUACUCCCCUCUUGACAUUCUUCUCAGCCCACCCGAUAACGACAAUGAGAGACUCAUGUCUUGCAACGAUUCCGAGCAUGCAUCACCACUAUCAGUGAGAUCGACAUCAAGCGAGUCGGUGCCAUCAUUAGAACAUGACCUAGCAUCGCCGCCCAGUCUUCCCUCGUCGCCAACCCCUCCCAGCCAUAGAAGCACACCGGAGAGACGACAACCUCGGUAUUCGCAUUGCGAGGAAUGUGCUUUGGACCAUCCCCUACUUGUAACCGAAUCCGAUGAGCCCGAAUUUAUCGAAAUCAAGAAUUACAAUGAGCCCGUUACACCCGACACAGUGCCUGCAAAGCGAGCUGCAUCAUUUGGCCGCCUCGGAUCUAGUUUCAAAUCGAACCUCACGGCAUCUUUACGGGCUAUCAAAUCCGCUGCACAGUCGGUCUCGACAUUUGCAACGCCAUCUGUUCAACCAGAGGACUUCCUCACCCGAUCUCUUUUCACCAUCACCCCAGAAAUGACCGAUGAUCGCCGACCUUUGCCGAUGCAAGAAACGCCUUCUCCAGCACUACGACGCUACCUGAAUCCUUCUCCAAUGAACCCAACCCCGAUGUCACCGGCAGAGAUGUACGUCUAUCACGAUCACCCCCACGAUAAGCCCAAGACCUCCAGCACGUCCCCAGUCUCGAUCCAAAUGCAGACAUAUCGCCGAACCGGUGGCCGUGGGAACCGGCGAAACAACUUCCAUAUCGCGAGCAAGGAACAGAAAUUUGUCACUUUGGAUCCGGAAGGCCCGCCCAUGUCACGCCAGCGCGAAAUUCGAGAAAAUAGCGAUUUCUUGCGCGUGGUCGUUCUCGAAAUGAACAUGCGCCGCUGCGGCAAACUCCGCGAGGACAUCCCACCCCGUGCUCGCAUCUGGCUGCCAGCGCGAAAGACAAAUACCCACUUGUCCGGACAAUACAUGGACGGAGAUGACAGCAACACCGUUCCAUCCCGUUGGGUAGGUGUCUCAGCCUAG